GUGUGCCCUUUGCAGAGGCAGCUAAUCAGCUGUCAAAGUGGGCUCUGUCCCCAUCGCAGCUUUUGAGAGCAGAGUUGCGUGCUGGCCAGUGAAAAGCUCUCAGGUCCACUCAGCACAUUGAUCUUUGCAGCAGCAGCAGUAAAGGUGGAGGACGGAAAGGACAGAAAUUCAACCUGCACUUCCACAGUAAAUUGAUUUGCAAAUUUGUCAGAUGUAAGCAUGGCGGUGUGAGUGUGUGCAAGACAUUUUUGUGUGUUUGGUUGGCCUGUUUUCAGACUCCAGUGACUGUGUUGGGAACCUACGGAAAAAAAGAUGAUUGAGCUGGGUCUCGCUGAUGGCAACCUAAUUGACGAGUUGAUGGAGCUGACGGCACAGAGCCUCAAUCAGCUGGAGAUCCAGGAACACUUCAACAUCAUCAAGGAGAUUGGCCGGGGGAAAUACGGCAAAGUGCUGCUGGUCACACAUCGCUUCAGGGGGACUCCCAUGGCCUUGAAAGUGAUGCCCAAAGCCUCCACUAAGCUACAGGGCUUUCUGCGAGAGUACUGCAUCUCCUUACACCUGUCCUGCCACCCCUGCAUCGUGGGCCUCUUUGGCAUUGCCUUCCACUCUAAUGAGCACUACUGCUUUGCCCAGGAGCUUGUCAUUGGGAGAGACCUGUUUGCUGUCAUCCAGCCAAAGGUGGGUAUCCCAGAAUCUUCAGUAAAACGUUGUGUCCUCCAGAUCGCCAGUGCUUUGGAAUUCAUCCACAGCCAUGGCUUGGUCCACCGUGAUGUCAAGCCUGAAAACAUCCUCCUGUUGGACCAUCACUGUUGCCAGGUAAAGCUGGCAGACUUUGGCCUGGCCCAGAAGAGAGGCACUCUGAUACGCUUCAUCACAGGAACCCUGCCCUACAUGGCCCCAGAACUUUGUACCGUGGCCCUGCUGGGUGGCCAGAAAGAAGUGACUGCUCCUCCACUUAGUGUGGAGCCAAGCCUGGACACCUGGGCCUUCGGGGUGGUCAUCUUCUGCAUCCUUACGGGCUACUUCCCCUGGGAGCACUGCUUAGACUCGGAUGACUUCUACCAGGAGUUUGCAGACUGGUGUAGAACAGAGGAAAGACAUAAAAACGAGGAAGACAUUCCCCCUUUGUGGAAAAGGUUCACACCAGAAGCCAUGGAGAUGUUUGGUAAGCUCUUGGCUCUGGAUGCAGGAAAGAGGUGCACAGUGGGGGAAGUGAGACAGUAUGUGGAAAAGGACUGGCUCAAGAAGGUACAUGGGAUUGGGCAGCAGCAGACAGCAGAAAAAGUCAGUGCCUCUGGGAAUAAUCCUGGGAAUGGCGAGAUGGAGGAUGAGCCUAAUACGAACUAACAGACUGCAUUUGUGUAUUAUCCAUAGCUUUUGUAUGCCUUGCCAGAAUGUAAAAUAUACAAUAUAAACAUUAAACCAGAUAGUUUACCUGAGUAAAAACAAUAUGUCUUCUGUGGCCCAGGAGAGAACUUUCAAAAGUUUGAAUAAAUAACCAUGAUGAUAUGAUUGAGGAUGUCAUGGCUUUAAACUUUAACAUUUUAAACAGAAAGCUUACUCUCUCACUUCUGCCUGCACGGUGCGAGAGGAGAGGGAGAGACGCUGACUGACUACUCUGAGCAGCAUGAGGGUAAAAAAUUAGCCUGCAGUAUAACAGACUUUUUUGAUUUUCACACUUUCUCCCUGAUAGUCGAAAUAUCUAACUAGACCUCGCUUUUUAAAAACAAAGUCGCUUUAUUUUGCUUUACGCUCCUGCUCUGUUCUAAGAAAAUGUUAAAAAGUGCUAUAAGAAUGAAUUUCCAAAGCUAUAACAUACUUAUGUUAGGCUGUCCUGGACAUGAACCCAUUACAUUUUGUGUCUUGUGACUUAAAAGCAACAUUGUUUUUUGCAAAUAUAAACUGCUAACUUUUUAGUUGUGUUACCAGCAUUUGGAUCAACCCUUCAGAUUUGCCUUGAUGUGAUGAUUUACAUGUUUAUUGUACUGGAUAGUGCAACUGCAUGAAAUGAUAGGGGCGCAGAGGAAGUAACACAGGGUUUUGUGGACAGCAAGUAUAAGAAUAAUAUUUGUACCAUUCAGCAUGUGUUUCCAAAUAUUACUGUGAUCUGCAAGCACCAUGCAGCACAUGCUUGUUUAUUGCCUGACAGAUUGCUGCAUAUUCUAACUUUUUGCUCUGGGUGCCACUGUUGUGUCAAGUAUC